GUUACUGAUAAGUUGUAGUGUAAUAAAUAAACAAAUAAUUAUUCAAUAUGCUAAUUACAAACACAUUUUUUAUUUUAGUACUAUCAUACUCUGUGACAUGCAGUGAAAUGAACGAUGACAUGAGCCAGCAACACCUUUUAAUAAAAAGUUACAAUUACAAUCACCCACCUUUGUUUGAAGCGUAUAAAGUUCUACCGGAUACAGACGGAUCGGAAAUCCGAAAAGUACGACAAGUACAGUCACUUGAAUAUGAGAAGAAAGAAGAUAACAAUGCUUUGAAAAACUUUAAUCAAAAUUCCGAAACACCUGUUACUGUCGUUUACGAUCUAGAAACUGAUACCUUAAAGACUAAUCAUAAGCAAGAACCUAACAAAAUCAAAAGACGGAAGCAAGUAAGACCUAAUCCAAUUUAUGAAGAAAGUAAAGAAGAAGUGAAAGUUGCAGAAAACCACUAUUUGACAACCGUUGAAAAUGAAGAAAGUUCGACUGAAAAGGUUCUAAUUACUUCUCCUAGUCCUAAGACAGUUGUACCAAAAAUGUUCACUAAAAGGCCACCAGAGGAUAAUCCAGUUGCUAAAAAAAUUAAACAACGGGAAACUUGGGUAAAAAUUGUGGAAGAGUCAAAUCAUGUAUAUGGACAUAAUGGUAACUUUCAUUAUAGUUUUGAAGGCGCUGAUGGUACGAGAGUUUCGAGUGAAGGUGAAUUGAAAUCUUUUGAUAAUGACAAAACUGGCGAAUCCGUUGUAGGAAACGUUUUUUACACAGACAACGAAGGAAAUGACUUCAGUUUGUCAUACACAGCGGAUGAGAAUGGAUAUCGCCCGUACGGCGAUCAUCUACCAACACCACCCCCAAUCCCUCCAGCAAUUGCUCGAGCUCUCAAGUAUCUUGCCACGAAGACUACACCAGAGCCCGUUACUGAAGCAACUAAAAAACUAGAUUAACUUUUAUGGAUAGUAUAAAGGAUUAACAGCCACAAUUAAAAACGUUAGUUAGUGGGUGUUUAGUUAAACACUGAUUUCUCUCUUUCUGUUAUCAUUGAUUUGACACUCAAAAUAAGAAGACUGUUUAACUAAUCAUCACCUUAAAAACAUAUGUAAAGGCGUAAUUAUUAAUUUGGAUACUAGUUUUACCUUAUUUUAUAUGAUAAUAUUUUGCUUAUAGCUUAAGACUUAUUAUGAUUUUUUUCGUUUUU